GGUGGUACAUGCCAGAGUCCUGCUCUCCCAGCCCUAGUCCGUCCACCAGCUCCCCCUUUGCAACCGUCGCUGGAUAUCAAACCAUUUCUUCCCUUUCCACUUGACACUACAGCUGCAGUCAACCUCUUCCCGAAUUUUAAUGCGAUGGACCCAAUUCAGAAAGCUGUAAUAAAUCAUACAUUUGGGGUUCCUCUUCCUCAUCGAAGAAAGCAAAUCAUAUCAUGCAACAUUUGCCAGUUGAGAUUUAAUUCUGAUAGCCAGGCUGCGGCCCACUACAAAGGCACGAAACAUGCCAAGAAGGUCAAAGCACUGGAAGCCAUGAAAAGUAAGCAGAAAUCUGUAACUGCCAAGGACAGCGCAAAGACUACCUUCACCUCCAUCACUACCAAUACCAUCACUACCAGCUCUGACAAAACAGAAUUCGCUGGCAAAAUAAAAGUGAGUUCAAAUAGUAAAAUUUCUGCUCAACAGGGUUGGGUCUAUCUUUUAGAGAAGUCCACGACACCAUUACCACCAGGAGCCUCCUCAAAAAAAACCAAAAAAACAAACUCAUGUCCUUCCACAGAGACGGAGGAGGAAAAGGCAAAACGACUGCUUUACUGCUCCUUAUGCAAGGUCGCUGUCAACUCGGCCUCACAGCUGGAGGCGCACAACAGUGGUACUAAGCACAAAACUAUGCUAGAAGCCAGGAAUGGCAGUGGGACUAUCAAAGCCUUUCCUCGGGCAGGAGUAAAAGGCAAAGGACCUGUCAACAAAGGAAACACGGGGCUGCAAAACAAGACUUUCCACUGUGAAAUCUGUGAUGUGCAUGUCAACUCAGAAACCCAACUGAAACAGCACAUUAGCAGUCGAAGGCACAAAGACAGAGCGGCUGGAAAGCCCCCGAAACCGAAGUAUAGUCCCUACAACAAGCUUCCUAAGACAGCACAUCAACUGGGGGUAAAAUUAGUGUUUUCAAAAGAACCUUCAAAGCCAUUGGCUCCCCGAAUUCUUCCCAACCCCCUCGCUGCCGCAGCAGCUGCUGCUGCUGUGGCAGUGAAUUCUCCCUUCAGUCUUCGAACUGCUCCUGCAGCCACUCUGUUCCAGACCUCUGCCCUGCCUCCUGCACUUCUGCGACCAGCGCCAGGACCCAUUCGGACCGCCCAUACUCCAGUACUGUUUGCUCCUUACUGAAUUCCAAACUGGAGUCGUUGUACUGCAAUAAUUUUUCACAAAACGAAACAAAAGAGAACUAUGCAGUGUUUAUUUAUAGUUUAAAGCAUAUCUGAAGAGCCAGGACUUUUGAUAGUGAAUUGAAAAGAUUAUU